AUGACUGUUAGAGAGGGUUCCGCUGAAGUUAAACUCCCUGAUGCCGUAUUCUAUAACCCUGUUCAGGAGUUUAAUAGGGAUAUAACUAUAGCUGUUAUUAGAAAUUUCUUGAAGAUGCACUUGCGUGAAUUUAUUGACAAGGGAAUUAAAAUCGCUGCCUCUAAAAAUGCGCCACCUGAACCCACCAACUAUGUUGGCAUAUCUAUCUUGGAAGCUUUGGCGGCUUCUGGUCUGCGAUCUGUCAGAUUUGCAAAUGAAAUCCCAUUGGUGUGCAAAAUAACAGCCAACGACCUAGAUCCAGAAGCCACAAAACUUAUUUCGGAAAACGCCCAACGAAACAAUGUUUCUGGUUUAGUAAAACCAACCUGUUCCGACGCUGUUUCCCUUAUGUUAAACACGACCCCAGGAACGGCCUAUGGGAAGUACGGUGGCGUCGCCAUCAAGAUGACGGCUCAGCAUGAGCAGGUAAGUUACAACCAACACGUUUCCAAGGGUCAGGCUGUCAUGUCUAAUAAUUGCGAGGGUCUACGCCUGCUCCUGUACGCCAUUCAGCAGGCGGCAAGUCGACACGGAAAGGUUAUUGAGCCUCUUCUUUCUCUUUCCAUCGACUUCUAUGCUCGCGUUUUCGUACGUGUGCGAAGCAGUCCCGGAAGUGUAAAACAUGUUGCCGCAAAAAUGGCCCUCGUCUAUUCCUGUACUGGAUGCCAAGUAAGUGCUCACAGUAAUAUGCGGGAACCUUUUCAAUGUGCUUAA